GGAGAAGAACCAGAAUCAUCAGGGGUGAUUUGCGACUUACUCAUAUCGACUUUGUGCCCAGUCAUCAAAAAGUAGAAGGGUAUAAAAACAGCCCCAUCAGACAGCUGGCAACCGCUGAAGGAAGAGGACCUAUUAAUUACAAACAUUGUGCAUACUCAAACAAUAAUUCCGAAUAUUCUAAAAUGGCGAAAAUCAUCUUGACAUCAUUUGUGUUGCUAGCUAUCUGUGUAACUUUGAACGGACAAUGGAUAACGAUUGUAAAGCCAACGACUACCACCACUGUGACGUCCACGACAACGGUAGAGACCACCUGCCUUGUUGAGGAAGGCGCAGGACUCCCGCCAUGCCGGAAACGUCGACAGUUCUGGGUGGAGGAACCAAUCAUCUUGAUGGCACCACCUGAACCCUUGUUCAUCCAACCCACCAACCCUUUCCGUGUGGAGCCUACUGCGGUGACGAUGGAUUUCCUGGAAAAUGAUCAGUUCCAUUCCGGAUUGAGUAGAGACGUUUACCUCCACCCAUCCAUCGUGACACCUGCGAAUAAUUACCAGCACAUGAACUUUCUCAAUUUGGACAACGUGUACCGGAACGAUCUCAUUCAAAGGCAGAGCACAAGGACGACUAAACGAUUCUGGUUCACAAGGACGAUAAUCGUCACGGAAAACGUUGUGACUACCAACACCAACAUGGCCACCCUUUACGGCUGUGCUCCCAGUCCGCUGCCCUUCGUUUUGUGUGUCUGAUUCCUCAAAUAGUUUGAUGUAUUUAAUACUUUCGUAGCCGAUUGGUAUUCA